CCUGUUUUCGAUGUGGGAGAUGUCUCUACGUUUCUCAGGAACAUUCGAAGGACUUGUGGUAUGUUUUAGAAGGAUCAAGAAGCACGGCCUCUUUUUGUUUCUCCAGAACGUCUCAAAUCUUCUACAACUUUCCAAGCUAAUUAACACGAAGCUCACUGUCACUUGCUCCUUUCGCCACCUAUAUAUGUCCUCCUCAUCCACCGAAGCCAAGAGUCAAAAGACACACGUACACAUCCCUGGCUACAUCAUUUUCUUCUUGCUUCGAGUUUGGGAGAAUGGCUUUGGCACGUUUGGCUUUGAAGAGACACUUGCAGCAGAGGGUGCUUUCUCCAUCUCCUCCUUUCUCUGCAGCUAAUUCUGUGUUAUUGGAAGGCCGUGGUGGUGGUGAGAGGAGGUUGCUUGGUACAGACGCUACUGAUAAGGUGAGUAUCCGUGAGAAGACAGCCGAUGACAAAGACCUUAGCAUCUCUGAAGCUAAAGGUAGAAGGGCCAACUUGUUCCCCAACUGGAGCCGCAGUAGGGGAUUAUGGGGCAGUAGCGAUCAGGACUUUGUUCCUGCCCUUUCCGGCCUUGAAAGAGCGUUGAUGCAAGCAACAGGGAACAUAAACAGGCUGUUUGAGAACCUAAGCUUAUCACCGUGGUCAGUAUCCGGGCGUGUCAAAGAGCAAGACGACUGCUACAAGUUGCGAUUCGACAUGCCGGGACUUACCAAGGAGGAUGUGAAGAUCAGUGUUCAUCAUGGGAAUAUGACAAUCAAGGGGGAGCACAAGGAAGAAGAGGGAGAAGAGACAGACGAUGAGUUCUGGUCAUCAAGGAGCUAUGGUUAUUAUAACACUAGUUUGGCGUUGCCGGAUGAUGCUAAAGUCGAUGAGAUAAAGGCAUCGUUGAAGGAUGGGGUGCUAUCUGUUACCAUUCCUAGAAGUGAGAAGCCUAAGGAAGAUGUGAAGGAGGUGAAUAUAAACUGAUUAAUAUGUUGUUCGGUUGGGUACUUGGGUUUAAUGGCUUUAACUGUUAGCGUGAGUGUAUAUUUUGGCAAGUUGGAGAAGAAGAUGUCUUGUGUUUGAAGAUGAUCGAAUCGAGUAUCAUUUCUGUAAGAGACAGUGGGGAAAAUAAAGUUGCUGGUAUUGAGCGUGUGAAUUCGAAGUGUUCUCUCUUUUAUUGGUUUUUUGAAAGGGUUCUCUCUCUUUUUUUUGUAGUGCUCUCUCUUUUAUUGUUAGUGUGAUGUGUUCUAC